AUGGAUAAUCAGGGCGUCAGUAAAGUCUUGAACGCUACCGCAGCACACGUUGCAGCGUUGACCAGCGGUACCGAAGCCAGCACGCAGGUUGCCAUAACGUGCCUUGGUGGUCACUCAUUCGGACAACUUCUCGUGCAUACGUCUACGUUUGACGUGGAGAGCCGCUAUUUGGGAAUGAAGAAAGCCUUUGGAGAUGACAUGGAGAUCCUGACGACGACUGGCUCAUCUCCACCCCAGGACCUGCGGGCGGCGGACUACGACAAGCUGGUCAGCAACGCGGAGGCAGCACAUGCUUCGAGUCGCGCGGCCUCCUCAUACGUGCCCCCACCUAUGACCUUGAUACAAGCACCAGCGCCGGCCGCCGGCUCAGGAACUACCGCGGUGUCGGCUUCAAACCCAGCGAGCAGCACUACUUCGUCGAACGGCGUCCCUACCGCCAAUACAGCCGAUACAGCCGGUGCAGGAUCUCCUACACAUCUAUACCCACCGCCGACACCCACUGCUCCCCAAGCGGAUGAACUAAGCCCGAUAGACGAACCAAACCCAUACCUCUCUGUGUAUGCCAACUUCCCCAUCAUCAAGUGGGGAAGAAGCGUCCACCACCCUUCUCUGACCAUCAUCUACACUAUCAUUGGGGUCUUUUCUACAUUCGGGCUGUUGAUCGUCAAGUGGUUCAAAGGCGGAAGUUGGCUGUUCGAGAUCGUGUACCUCACAUCAUUUCUCGCCGUCAACCUUUAUACCAUGAUCAUGCUGGACGUCCGACGAGAAGUCUGCUAUAUUGAGGUUAGCAGGGACAAUGUGAGUGCGGGGAUGCGUGUAACCUGGGAGACCUUGAAAGCUGAGGCAAAAUCGAUGCCUAAGACGAAGGAAGAGGCUCUUCAAAAUCUGAGACGUGGACUUGUCUGUCAUCUUGCGGGGAGUGAGACCAUACUCGUUCCCGUGAUGGCGAUCAUGACUAGGAUCGAGGACGCACCUGCUAGCUGGUGGAUCCUCUUCAACGAACUCCGAGCGCCGAUAGUUCAGAUCGGACUGUAUCUCCUCCCAGACGACCAUAUUGACUGGGUCGUCAUCUACGGCGUCGCGGCUUACUUCCAGGCGAGAAUGCUACGGGCGGUGGCAGAGCGCUACAUACAAGACGCGAAGACGCGCCGGAUUUUCUGGUUCCGGAAGCUCAGAGCACACGUAUUCCCUGUUCACGAGAAGUCGUUCUACCUGGAUUGCAGUCUGUUUUCUGGGUGGACUAUGGAUCCAUUUAGGGAAAGGGGGGAUACCUGGAGGUGGUAA